CCUCGGGUUUGGCUGCAGCCCGGCCUCGGGAUAAACUGUCAUGUAUGCUCUGGACAUUUGAAAAUGCUACUUGGACUUAUACAUUUUUUGAAAUAUUAAUGUGUGCCCUGUUCAGAAGGAAAAUGCAAACUAUGGUUCAGCAUGCAGCACUGUGCACAUCAAGGAAGGUAGCAGUCUAUCAACACAGCUUGUGAGGGCUUAGAAGUGAGACCCUAUAACAACAAAAGAUUUGCCAUUUCUUCCGACAGCUGAAAUCCAAGAGACCAAAAAAGAACUCACUGCUCCUCAGGAGGAUUAUGUCAUUAUAGUUGACAUCUUGAGCUUCUUCAGCAAACAAAAGCUACGAGACAGAGUCCCUCCUGCUCCGUUUACAUAGACAGAAAUCAUGGAUGACCCCUAUCACAACAAUGUGAACCAGCAGAUGACUGAGGGCGGACAAUACACCUACACUCAAGAUGGAGGAGGUCAGGAUGGCUACCCUUACCAGACGAACUACCCCCAACAGGAUGAGGAUGCUGCCAGUGACGCCACUGAGGGUGCUGAUGAGGAUGAUCAGAUGUAUGAGGGGGAAUACCAGGGUAUCCCCCACCCUGAUGAGAUCAAAGAAGCACGGCGAGCCGCCCGAUUGGAGGCCAAGAGGAAAGCUCGUCUGGCUGCACAGUAUGAGGAGGAGGAGGAAGAAAACCUGCCGGAGCAGUAUGAGACCAUCAUGGAGGACUGUGGCCAUGGGCGCUUCCAGUGGACACUCUCCUUUGUGCUUGGCCUUGCACUGAUGGCAGAUGGUGUGGAUGGCUUUGUGGUGGGCUUUGUCAUGCCCAGUGCUGAGAAAGAUAUGUGCAUAUCCAAUGCAGACAAAGGACUCUUGGGUCUGCUGGUGUAUGUGUCCAUGAUGGUGGGUGCCCUGGUGUGGGGCAGUCUGUGUGAUAAGAUGGGGAGGAGGAAGUGUCUCAUCUACGUCCUGACCAUCGACCUGGUCUUCUCCUUCCUUUCCUGCUUCGCUCAGGGUUACGGCUUCUUCCUUUUCCUAAGGUUCUGCUCAGGCUUUGGAAUUGGCGGAUCCAUCCCAAUCGUGUACACCUACUUCACUGAGUUCCUGCAGAUGGAUAAGCGUGGAGAACAUCUGAGCUGGCUCUGCAUGUUCUGGAUGCUGGGAGGCCUGUACGCCUCCUUCACUGCCUGGGGAAUCAUUCCUCACUAUGGCUGGGGCUUCACCAUUGGUACCCAGUUUCAGAUGCACAGCUGGAGACUCUUCAUGUUCGUGUGUCUGUUCCCAGCACUGGCUGCACUCAUUGGAGUCGUCUUCAUGCCAGAGAGUCCACGUUUCCUGCUGGAGAAUGCCAGACACGAUGAGGCAUGGAUGAUCCUGCGACAGGUUCAUGACACCAACUGGAAAGCCAAGGGGGAACCAGAGAGAGUCUUCACUAUUACAAACAUUAAGACUCCACAAACCCAGGAGGACGAGUUCAUAGAGAUCCAGAGUGAUACCGGAACCGCCUUCCAGCGCUGGACAGUCCGAAAAAUGACCAUGCUGCAGCAGGUGAUGGCCAAUGUGAUGUCUUUAUCUGCUCCGGAACUCCGGCUGCAAGGCCUGUUCCUACUCAUUGUGUGGUUCUGUAUGGCUUUCAGUUACCACGGUCUAGGAGUGUGGUUCCCUGAUAUGAUAAAGUACAUGCAAUACGAGGAGUACGAGUCCAAGGUCCGAGUGUUUCACCGAGAACGUGUGGAGCGUUUCCACUUUAAUUUUUCCCUGGUCAACCAAGUCCACCGCGAGGGAGAGUACAUCCAUGACAAAUUUGCAAACAUCGAGAUUAAAUCUGUCAAGUUUGAGGAAUCGCUCUUUGAGAACUGCUACUUUGAGGACAUCAAAUCGACCAACACAUUCUUUGAGAACUGCACAAUCAAAAACACUGUCUUCUAUAACACAGACUUGUGGCAGGAAAAGUUCAAAAACUGUCGAAUGGAAAACACCACCUUCCUCCAUCCAAAAAAAGGCUGUCAUUUGAACUUCCAGGAGGAAAACGACAUCGUCAUCUACAUGGUCAGCUUCCUUGGCAGUCUGGCUGUGUUGCCUGGCAACAUCAUCUCAGCUUUGUUCAUGGACAAGAUAGGACGGAUUCGAAUAAUAGGCGGUUCUAUGCUGGCGUCAUCAGCCUGUACUUUCCUGUUGCUUUUAAGCUUCAGUCAAGGAGCCGUAAUCUGCUGGCAGUGUCUUUUCUAUGCGGUUAGUGUGGCAGCCUGGAAUGGGCUGGAAGUCAUUUCUGUGGAGCUCUACCCCUCCUCUAAAAGAGGGACAGCAUUUGGUAUCCUGAACGGAAUAUGUAAGUUUGCAGCCAUCAUUGCCAGCUUCAUCUUUGCAGCCUUCAUCGGCAUCACAAAAGUUAUCCCCAUCUUCCUGGCUUUCGCCGCCCUCGUCUGUGGAGGUCUGUUGGCUCUAAAGCUGCCUGAAACACGGGAGAAAAUCCUCUCUUGAAAAGUCAGACCUCCUGCUGCUUCGGAUCCCCCGACACAAACAGCAAACUGGGGGAGGGGGGGGGGGCACCAAGGAAAGAUUAUGGCGCUAUGUUGUAUGAUUGUAUCAAUGCUGUUACAUGUUCAAAAAUAGUUCAAAACCUGUAUGGUGGCCUACAUCAACCUGUGGUUGCUCUCUGCUUCUGGAAAGCUCCUCAGGCUGCCCAGCAUUUCUGUCACAUCGUGUCAGUCUAGUCUUUGUCAUCCUCUAUCGUCCCACUCUAUGUUCACACACAUCUGUUCUUUUUAAGGUUUGUGUAAAAGACUAAAGCAAUGUGUCUGUGUUUGAAUGGUUAUGUAGAUCAUGUUACCAUGUUGUGCUUUGGUUUCAUUCCCUCUUGAUGAAAGAGAGAGAACUUUUAGUGAUGACUUAAAAAUGACGAGACUCACGGCUCAGUCUCAGCAGCAAUAUUACUUUUACUCUAAAAGCAAAUACCGCAAACAUUAAUCCCAAUGUUUAUUCAGAGCAGCCCUGAGGUGUCUGUAGUUUGUGUUGCCCAGUUUAUUUUCUUUAGGUAAAAAUGUCUCACUGACCAAUUUACUAAGAGGUCAGUCAGUGUAUCUCAUCUAACAAUGACCUCCUCAGUUUUCCCAACUCAUCCAGGAAACAACCUGACCAGGCUUUAUGACUCUGAGAUGUCUUGUUUGUCCUCAGUUAUAGAGCUGUGUUUUAAUGGUGUUGUUAAUGUAGUAUUAUGGUUUUUGUCUGUCACAUCUUGCCAUGUCAAAAUGUAAGGAACCGUCUUUGUCUUUUUCUAAAGAAAGAGAGAACAUUGCAAAACUGUAAGAUUAGAUGUUUUCAUAUGAUGCUCUCAUUUUAACACUGAUGAAGAACUGAUUUGCAGAAAAUGCUGCAUUUCUAAAAAUGUGUCAAGAUUUUUUCUGAGCAUUGUACUUAAUUGGUAUGACUGAUAUAUGUGUGUGAGCUUAAGUGUGUGUGUGUGUGUGUGUGUGUGUGUGUUUGAGAACGAGAGAGAGAGAGAGUCUGAGUGUGUCUGAAUGUUAUCAAAAUGCCUGUGAAUUUACUGAAACUCAACAUUCUACCACUGCUGUAUUUGCUGUUGUACAUAUAGACCUGUGUAAAUUAGCUGUACCAUAGUAGUUGUAUCAUGACUUGAAUAAAGCUAAGGGUGUGAUCCGA